CCGAAUUAGCCUCCACCGUGGCACGCUCGCGUGGAGCAUCCCCCUGCCGGAAUGACAUCAGAGCAGCUCCGAGUCCUUCAAAGUCUCGGGGUUGAUUAGCUAGAGGAACGGGCUGCUUCUGCCAAUCAUAAUCCCGCAAAGCCGCCUCAGUACUUGUGUAGAUAUGAGGGAGAGGGAGCCUGGCUACAGCUAAGCAGGCGGCACAGCGGCAGCAGCACCAGCAGCAGUAACAGGAGCAGCUGCUAUUCGGGUGAUUAAAUAGUUCUCAUAGCCUUUUUGCUGUUCUCUGAAUGCUCCCUGGCGUAAUGCUCGCGUCCAAGGAGGAAGCUGCAUUUUGCCGGUGAGCUGAACAGAGGUUUGAAUCAUUCCAGCUGCCUGUUUGUUUUGAGAAGGACAGUCUGGGUAUAAAUAAGAUGUGACUAUGCUGGUAAGAGUUCAGUUACUGGGGGCUGGCGCAAGAGGAGCCUUCCCGGGAUACCGUUCAGACAGCUGAUACGGAUUGAAAACUCUCGGUAGUUUGCCUGGAGCCACGUGAAGAGAUUUGAAUAGCAGAUGUCUUUCCUGCACAUUAGGAAAAGAAAUUCUUCCCUAGCUUGUGAUGCCAGUGCCUGAAAGAUCCAGCAGGACAACGCAGCGAGGAGAAAACGUGCAGUUUUAGAUCUCCUUGCAUGCUCUUCCCUUCUGCUGCAGAAGCGGACUGAGAAAUUUAUAAUGUUAAGAGUCUUCUUCAUUGACUAUUGGCAACUGCUGUAUGCUGAGAAAGUCUCUUCCGAUUUAGCUUUCCAGAUCCUUUGGCUUCCACCUCCGACAACUUUAUAACCUCCCCAACAGUUCCAUAAAUGUACUGCAAUGGUCACAUGAACAACUCUGUAGGGGAAUCAGCACCUCUGCGUCUCCUUCUUACUAUGGCACUUUAGGAAGAGAAAAACCAAAAAGAGACAAGUCCACCAGAAGUUGAGAGUCCUGCAAAAAAUGAAUCUUACAGUGAGACUUCGACGCAGUUUCAGAACGCUGGUAAUCCUCUUGGCCACGUUCUGCCUGGCAAGCAUUGGUAUCUCUGCCUACUACCUGUACACGGGCUACAAACAGCCAAUGACCCUUGUGGAAACCACUGGAGAAGCAGAAUGUGAAGAUCUUAAACUUUUACCCUACAGGUCCACAGAGCUGAAAACCGCAAAGCCGAUUGAUCCAUCUAAAACUGACCCCACCGUCCUCUUGUUUGUGGAAAGCCAGUAUUCCCAGCUGGGGCAAGACAUUGUAGCCAUCCUUGAGUCCAGCCGGUUUCCAUACCAUAUGGUCAUUGCACCUGCCAAGGGGGAUAUUCCUCCUCUCACAGACAACGGAAAAGGAAAAUAUAUGAUUGUUAUAUAUGAGAAUAUUUUAAAAUAUGUAUCUAUGGACUCAUGGAAUAGAGAGCUUUUAGAAAAAUACUGUGUGGAAUACAGUGUUAGCAUAAUUGGUUUUCAUAAAGCCAACGAGAACAGCUCACCAAGUACCAAACUAAAAGGAUUUCCAUUACAUCUUUACAAUAACAUAGCCCUCAAAGACUGUUUUGUAAACCCUCAGUCUCCACUACUGCGCAUUACCAAAGCGCCAAGAGUUGAGAAAGGCCCCCUGCCUGGUGAAGACUGGACAGUUUUCCACUUUAACCACUCCACCUACCAACCUGUACUUUUAACUGAACUGCAGACCUCCAGACCCUUGCCAGUGGAAUUGCCAAAGGCUGAGCUGUAUGCAACAGUCAUCCAGGACUUAGGCCUUCAUGACGGCAUUCAGAGAGUCCUUUUUGGAAACAACUUGACCUUCUGGUUGCACAAGCUGAUCUUUAUCGAUGCCAUCUCUUUCCUGUCUGGGAAGAAGCUCGCACUAUCCUUGGAUAGGUACAUCCUCGUUGACAUAGAUGACAUCUUUGUUGGGAAGGAGGGAACAAGGAUGAAUGUCAACGAUGUGAAGGCUUUACUAGAGACUCAAAAUUUACUGCGCACUCAGGUUGCAAAUUUUACCUUCAACCUUGGAUUUUCAGGAAAAUUUUACCACACAGGCACCGAAGAGGAAGACAAAGGCGAUGACCUGUUGUUGAGGUCAGUAGAUGAGUUUUGGUGGUUUCCCCAUAUGUGGAGUCACAUGCAGCCUCACCUCUUCCACAAUGAGUCGUCCCUGGUGGAACAGAUGAUCCUCAACAAAGAAUUUGCAUUGGAGCACGGUAUACCAACGGACAUGGGGUACGCGGUGGCUCCACACCACUCGGGGGUCUACCCGGUCCACGUGCAGCUGUAUGAGGCCUGGAAGAAGGUCUGGGACAUCCGCGUGACCAGCACAGAAGAAUACCCACACCUGAAGCCUGCACGGUACAGACGGGGCUUCAUCCACAAUGGCAUCAUGGUACUCCCUCGACAGACCUGUGGCCUUUUCACUCAUACUAUUUUUUACAAGGAAUACCCUGGGGGUCCUCAGGAACUGGACAAAAGUAUCCGAGGAGGUGAACUCUUCCUCACCGUUCUCCUGAAUCCUAUCAGUGUCUUCAUGACCCACUUGUCCAAUUACGGGAACGACCGCCUGGGGUUAUACACCUUUGCGAACCUGGCCAACUUUGUGAAGAGCUCAACUAACCUCCGGCUCCGGACACUGCCCCCGGUACAGCUGGCGCAUAAGUACUUUGAGCUCUUCCCGGAGCAGACGGACCCUCUUUGGCAGAACCCAUGUGACGAUAAAAGACACAGGGACAUUUGGUCCAGAGAUAAAACUUGUGACCAUCUACCCAAAUUUCUCGUCAUAGGACCCCAGAAAACAGGAACAACGGCACUUUAUUUAUUUCUUCUGAUGCAUCCUUCCAUCAUCAGUAAUCUCCCUAGCCCAAAAACUUUUGAAGAAGUUCAGUUCUUCAAUGGAAACAACUAUCACAAAGGAAUUGACUGGUACAUGAGUUUCUUCCCCACUCCCUCCAACACCACCACCGACUUGCUCUUUGAGAAAAGCGCCAACUAUUUCCAUUCGGAGGAAGCUCCUAGACGAGCUGCUUCCCUCAUCCCCAAGGCCAAGAUCAUCACCAUCCUCAUCGACCCAUCCGAUCGGGCGUACUCCUGGUAUCAGCAUCAACGAUCCCACGAGGACCCCGCUGCCUUGAAAUUCAACUUUUAUGAAGUGAUUACGUCAGGCCACUGGGCGCCCUCCGAGAUAAGGACUCUCCAGAAGAGAUGUCUGACCCCCGGCUGGUAUGCUAUCCAUAUCGAAAGGUGGCUAACUCACUAUCCUGCUUCACAGUUGCUAAUUAUUGAUGGACAGCAGCUAAGAAGUGACCCAGCUACUGUGAUGGAUGAAGUGCAGAAGUUUCUUGGCGUCUCUCCUCAUUACAAUUACUCUGAAGCUCUAACGUUUGACCCUCAAAAAGGCUUUUGGUGCCAGUUACUGGAAGGAGGGAAAACAAAGUGCCUGGGAAAAAGCAAAGGUCGAAAAUACCCACCAAUGGAUCAAGAGUCUCGAGCUUUUCUGUCAAGCUACUACCGAGACCACAACGUGGAACUGUCCAAACUGCUGCACAGACUGGGACAGCCCCUGCCAUCGUGGCUGAGACAGGAGCUACAGAAAGUGAGAUAGCAGUGACCUUCAGAGGACCAAAGUCUCUAAGGACAAUUUCCUUCACCAUAAAACCCCUUGCUUCUCCGACUCACUUGUGAUUGUCAGUAAAGGACCUCAUGAAUAACACUCUUUCUAUUAAAAAAAAACACAAAAGAAUAAAAAAAAAAAGCCCUAAAACUGUUUAUAUGCACGCGCUGACAGUUAUUAGCAUCAACCCCUUUUGUCAGCUUCCAGGAAAUAAUACAGAGCUACGUGGCGUUAUUCUUUAUCCAGACUGGGAUUUGUGCAUAGUCUAGUCCCUCUGUUUACCAGAAAGUACCAGAAACUGUGUGUAGGACUGAUAGACUUCAGUGUGUAUGACAAAUUACAGUCUGUCAGGACACAAGCAAAGGAUGGGAAGAUCUCUCCUCGGAUUAUGAGGUCGGUCAUUAGUUUGGUUUUUUUUCCUGUUUGUUUUUGCAGGUGUUCCCCCUAGCCCUGCAAGGUGAGAAGUCGGGCACUUAUCCAUUUGAUAGGGGGACAUUCAGCACUUUGCAAUCGGGGUCCCUAAUUAUUAUAAUGUAUGUAAUGGUAAUUUAUUAUCAUUGCUUUCUUCAAAGAAUUAACAGUCUGAGGCAGGCUAAAUUCUUGCCUUACCUGCCUCCCUGGAAUUCCUGGAAAAACUGAUGUGGAGACUGUUCUCUUUCUUCUGUCCCUUUUUUUCCUUCACAACAAGUUGUGUGCUGGUUUCUUGGAGCUGGGUGGGCAGCUGAGGUGAAAUGCAGUAAGGUGGCUCUCCUUCUAGCUCCCCAGGCUCCCAGGGAAACCCAUUGACGGUUAUUUUCACUUGGCUACUUUGCCACCUCAAUAGUGUUUUUUGCUGGAUUCCUGCAGCACCCGUGGCAGAGCUUUGAGAGGUGAAGUCAUAUUAAAUAGUUUGUCAUAACGCCUUGGGAGUCAUUAUGAUAUUUUAUCAAAACUGUUACAAAAAAAAAUCUAAGCAGGUCUUUAGAGCAGUACUGACAAUAAUGUUGAUGCUUUUGUCUCUGUCCUGAAAGCAGCGUUUUCACUCUGAAGCCCUCAAAAGAAGAGAUUGGGUUAGUCUUGAUCUUGGUCUUAGAGCCAUUUCAGAAUAAACUUUUAAAAGACUUUAAUGGCCAAAGGCAUUUGUUAAAGUUUUGAAGAACCUACAGCCUACUGAAGAACUCUCUUUCUAUAGACUUUAACAGAGUUGAAUAGACAAGCAUAUCUCCUAUAAAUCACGUACACAUAUGAUGUGUAUAUUUUUAUGCCUGUACAUCUACAGACUGUAUAUCUAGUUCAGACAUACACUUAGGUUUAUAUAUCUGCUUUAUGUGCCCAUAGGUAAAUGAAAAGUAUUGAUUACCAAAAAUAUGAUACUAUGAAUUGCGCUUUCUUUUCAGAUCUGUGUGGGCAGGGUUGACAAAGCUGGGCAGAAAUUCACUGGGAAAAUUAAGCCGGGUGAACAAAAUCAAUUUAUGCACUUUAGUCUUGCAACACUUUUUCUCAGGAGCACGAAAGCAGACAAAGCUUUUCUACACGCUCUUUACGCAGCACAAGCUUGAGUAAAUUUCAGUUAGCCAAGUUCCCUGUCCUAGUUCCUAGUCACAAACCAUUUUAGGCGGUGUAAAGGUUUUGAGCUUCCCCGCUCUGUGAAUUUGAGCCUUACAUCUUACCUCAGGAGACAGAAAGAGAUGUUGAAAUUGCACCAUAAAUUCUGACUACUCGGAACUUUUUCUUGGGGCAGCACAGAGUAGUGUACAUCAUGGGCUGUGACGUUAAAGGACACUUGAAUGACUUAAUUCAGGCUUCAACGCCACUUAUACGUGCAGCUGUCUAUCUUAGCCUUUCCGGCAUUAUCAGCUCCUAAAUCAUGAGGCUGUCCACCAAGAUCAUGAUACCAGCUUGAAAAUUAUGAGUCUGAGUCACCCCUGCAGAGGAACCUGUGCCAGUUUCUGACUUUGACUUUUCCCACGCUGUGGGAAAGCCUGGGUGUGCAUCUGUUUAAGAGAAGCGUGCACGUGACUCCAUUCCCUUGUCUUUUUGUGGCUAGAUCACUUAAAGAUUUAUUACUCUGCUGCAACUUCUAAGUUAACUUGAUUUGGCCUUUUAGCAAAGACAGGUUUAUGCUUUUAAAUCUAGGUCAGUCCUGUGUCUGAUCAUACAAGCAGAAAAAGAAAAAAAGCACAUAGGUGGGAAAAUACAGCCCUUCUUCCCAGAGAUACACUGGUGCUGCCUGGCUUGUCACACCUCCGCCUGGAGUGUCCCCUCACACUGCCUGCCUGCCUGCCACGGUGUUUUCUUUCACCCAGCCCUCACUGCUUCCCCAGUCCCUCCGGGUAACCUGUCCGCUGCUCUGCCAAAUGCGAAUGAUCCCUUCCCACUUAGGGCCCGGUACUGCCCCUCCUGGCCCCAUAUAAAUAGCCCACAGAGAAGAGGUGGCGGGGGGUGCAACCAGUACCGAGUCCCUGCUCUUCUCAUCCUCCAGCUCUCACGUCUUCUGCAUGACCAAGUCGUAGAUAGGGAAGGGAAAGG